GUAGUACUACUAGUUAUAUUAAAUUUAACUUUUUCCUAACAAACAAUAUUUGGGCGAAUAAGGUUUAAAAGUUAAAUAAAACAAACUAAAAGGAUUUUGGUGUAAAUAUUAUUAUAAAACAUACAGAGGGGUACAAACUCUGCAUGUUAAUACUUGAUAUAUAUAUAUAUAAUAGAAACUUGGGAAGGUCUUGCUUUAGUUGGAGAAGUAGCCAUUUCCCCUUGAGCAUUCUCUUUCUCGUCUGGGAUGGAUAUCAAAUCUAUUAAAGAUUUAUUGGAGCAGAUGUUGAACCAAGUUCAACAUCAACAUACUGGGGAUUCCAAAGAUGUAUAUGAAAUGAUAGGGAAGCUAGAGCAGAUUAAAUCAUAUCUUUUAACCGAAGCAAUGCAUAGCAAUGUAUUUUCUGGAUUUCCUUCCCUUCAUUCACCUACACCUCAACAACCUUCUCCUCCAGUAGCUGACCAGCAAUCAUUAGUAUCAAAUCAACAAACUACUCCUCUGAUAGCUGGCCAGCAAGUAAUGACACAGGCAGUAGACACUGUUUCUCCCAUGAACUUGGGACAACCAACACCAAUUGUGGUUCAAAAUCCACAGCCAGCUGGCCCCUUUUUCAGGCAUCCAGUACAUUGGCAAGUAGUUGAUGAGAAUCUGUUUGAUGCCGUCGACAAACCUGUUCUAUGGUUCAGCAAGCUGGUCACAGAAAAUAUGCAAGAGGUGCUUACUGUUCCACCUAAGAAAAUAUCGUACUUGGUGAAAGGAAGCCCUCUUUCAUCAUAUGCGCAUUCUCCUCUGUUUACGGGCAUGAGCCUACCUGUUGCACUGCACUGUAGUAAACUAGAAAGCAUGAUUGGUGGUGCUCCAGGAUUGCUGUAUAACAAAAGCAAAACUACAAUGCAUAUAUACUGGCCCUCCGUUAGCAGCUAUUUUAAGAUACCAACCAUGAUUGAUGUUUCGUUUCAAUGGAAAAAACAUGGUCCGAGACAUAUGUUAAUAGUCAAAGUUGAAGAGCAAGGACCAUCUGAAGCUGGAGCUGGAGCAGAGCCAUCUGGAGCUGGAGCAUCAAAACGUUCUAAAGUAGGUGGCGGCGUUUGAAGAGACUACGAAUUUCUGCAUCACAGAUGUAAUUUUCAUUUUGUCCAUCUAUUAUAUGGUAAGUAUUGAAGUGUUUAGUCUUCCAAUCUUCUUUUUUUUUUAAAAAAAAGGGGCGCCUUGGCCAGAGACUACUGUUAGUAAUACAGAAUCAGAGGUGCCAGAACAAAACCUCGUUGCCCAAGAAAAGGGUCCAUAUGGACUAAACUUAAUCAUCAUAUCAUAAAUAAUUUCUUUUGUUAGAACUAGAAGUA